UUACUGUUCGAAUCAAAUCGAUCUUCUAAGCGAUGUUCGAGCAACAGCAUUUCGUGGAUCUGCAGGAGGCCGGAAGUUUUGGAGACCCAAAAUCGUGGCUGUCGGGGGAAGAUCAGUCGUCUCCUCUUCCACAACGAACUAUGUCUUCCCUCUCUAACGGAAAUGGCAACAAUGGCAACGUCGACAGAGUACUCUACAAGAACCUUGUCGAGAUGGUUCCGCUCAUCGAGUCACUCAUGCAGGAUCGGAGAGCCAACACUUCUUUCACGCGCCGUGCGUCGUUGGUCUACACCAAGACGCCUUCAAGAGAACCAUCCAAGAAGGAAUCGAAAGGUAGAAAAGCAGCACAAUCCAUUCCUACCAGAAAACAAAGGGAUACUGAGGAUAAGGACCCAAGCAAAAAUACCUCUCCUGAUGGCUUUUCAUUGUUUUCAUCCAAGGCAUUGGCACUAGAAAAGGAUUCGGAAGAUUUGAUUGUAUUGCAAAAACAAGUGGAGGAUCUACAGAAGAAAUUAUUAGAGAAAGAUGAGCUACUGAAGUCAGAAGUAUCCUCAAAGAACCAGAUGACAGAAGCCCAUGCAAAAAUUGAAGAACAGAGACGUCUUAUUGCUGAGAAGGACUCACUGAUCAAAUCUGCUCAUUCCCAACUUUCAGAUGCAAAGAUUAAGCUUGCAGACAAGCAAGCAGCGUUGGAAAAAUUACAAUGGCAGGCAAUGACAUCCAACCAAAAAGUUGAGAAGCUCCAGGAGGAACUAGACUCGAAGGAGGGAGAGGUAUCAUCAUUUAUGUUGUUAUUUGAAGGGUUGACAACGAAUGAUUCCAGUGCAUAUGCCGAGGAUUAUGAUAUCAGUCCAUAUUAUUUGGACCCUCUUCCACCUAUAGAUGACAUGGAUGAUAUGGAGAUGCAGAAAAUGGAAGAAGCAAGGGAGGCAUACAUUGCAACUGUCCACGCUGCAAAAGAAAACCAGGAUGAGGAAUCUCUAGCAGCCGCAGCUGAGGCAAGAUUCCGACUUCAAUCUUUUGUUUUCAAGACCAACAAUCAAAAUGCUGACAGAAGUAAAGGCCGUCCAAGUUUCCUGAGCUCAUGAGUUGCCUGCCUGCCUGUUAUCCCUUUACCAUAUUAUGAUCAUAUACUCUAACCUUGUAUAUCAGUUGCUUGAAACCAUUUGUUCAUAAUUUUAAGCCAAAAUGUGCAAGGAAGAACUUUUC